AUGUUGCAGGCGUCCGACUACGCAAUGCCACGACCGCCAGCAAAGGCAACUUCCGUCGCUAAAACAAAGAAGAACGGAAUCGCUAUGAAUCAACCAGUUUUGGCGCGUGAGUUGUUGCGUUCAACAUCACAGGCUCUUCAUGAGAUACAAGAAAAGAUGGAGAAGAUGAAGGAGGCGCUCAACGACUUGCUGUACGCUCGGGAGGAGAUGGAAGCAAUGCUGCAUCGCGAAGAAGAGAUCAUCAACGAGCUGAGUGCAAGCAUCGGAGGGGUUCCACCUCCGAGAGGUUUUCCGCCGUCGUACGGGAUGGUACUGGGGCGUGUUAUUAGGAUUCUAACGAGUGGUCCUCCUGCUCAGUGA